GUUCAGUCUGCCUCUAGAAGUCGAUCGUGAUCGUGGCCAGUCAGUUCCGCUCGCUAGCUAAAAAGCCGUAGCCCUCGUCCCCCCCAAAAAAAUAAAAAUACAAGUGUUUUUUUUCUAGUUUAAGUUUAAGACGCGCGCGCCUCGAGUUCUUACUUGUUGUUGGUCCAAAGCCCCCGCAUAAAAAACACACACACAUAUCUCGACAAAAUGAAGUACUUCAACAUCUGCCUGCUCUUCAUCGUCUGCGUCCUGUGCUACGGACUGGUGUCCGCCCAGGAGGAGGCCGGACCCUUGUCGCCGGCGAAGAGGAUCUCCCUGCGCCGUCCGGUCGGGAAGGCGGCCAAGGUGACCACCACGACGACGGCGGCGCCAGCACAGGCGGAUGCCGGCGGCGAGGGCGAGGAGUACGACGAGGAGGCCGGCGAGCAUGGCGAUCAUGGCGAGGAGGGCGACGAGGCGGCCUUUGCCAGCUCCACCACAACCACCACCACGGAGGCGCCCAAGAAGGUCGGCCCGGUCAUCCGGCCGUUCCGCUCCAACGAUGACUUCCUCAACUCGCUGAAGCGCCGCCAGGCGAACGCCAAGAAGCAUCGCGCCGAGAAGCCCCCCAGUCCCAGCAAGCCGUCCAAGAAGAGCGAGGAGUCCAACUCCGGCGAGCAGGAAGAGCCGGCCUCCGCGCCAGCACCCGCCCCCGCCGCCAGUCCCGCCAAGGGCUACAAGGGCAACUCGGCAUUGAGCCGUCGCAAACUGUCGAAGCCCGCCAAGGCGACGCCCGUGGAGGCGGUGGAGGAUGCCGCCGCCGAGGAAUCGGAGCAGCAGCAGAAGGAGGAGUCGAAGCCCAAGCGCCCCAUCGGUCGCCUGGCCCUGCGGAAGCGCAACUGAGCGGGAUCGGGAAUGCCAAGACCCCACACUCCAUGCCACAAAUCCCGCGGAAUACCCCCCCCCCCACCCCCCUUCCUCGCCAACCCAUCAAAUCAUAUGGCUAGCUAUGUGGCAGCCCGACCUGCCCUUUAGUUCUUAGUUCGCAAUUGAUUCUUUGUGUAUGUAAUAUAUUUGUAAUUUUAUGUUCUAAACAAAAACACGCACACACACAAACACACACAACACUCACUCAAUCACGCCCACGCCCACGACCACGACCACGCCCACAAUCCAGAGCCAGCCCCAUCCUCCAUGUCCGCGAUAAAUACGCCUAUAUAUUUCGCGAAUAUAUAGGCGGACAUUUGCACGGGCACAAUUAUGUAUUCUUCACAACCAUCAAUCAAACAAUCAAUCAACCAGUAAUAAAAACAACAAAAUCGAA